AUGAAGAGGUCUAUGUACCACGACCACCAUGUCUAUCAUCUCGAUGUCUACGGCACCUUGUUUAUCUCCUCAGCGAGCGACGCUCAGGUGGUCCAGCCCAUAGUUGCGCUGCGUCUGGCGCAACCGAAAGUCACAGUUAAUGAUGGUGUCACCAUAUCAUACGAAGACUGGCUACGGCGCGACGCGACGCCAACUAACAUUUGCCUCCGAAUCUCAGGCUCUUUUGACACCAAGGGGCCUUCGCGGAUAGCCACCUACCGCAUUCUGUCUCUCACAGUCAUGGCUUCCCCGGCACAGAGUACGAACUACGACGAGCGACCAGGAUUCCCUCACAUCAAGAAGAUACUGAACACGCUCGACGGUGCCAGCCUAGCGGUUGCCCUGAAGUACUUCUCGACUGGUGGGAGGCCCCUCUCCUUCUUUGAGAUCGAGACGGUCGUGUGGGCGGAGACUUCAAUCAGCUUUUGCCUGUCUUCUCUCGACAUCGGUCUUUACCAAUUGACCCCUAAGUGGGCUGCACGAGACGCUAGGCGCGAGAUGCAAGACUGGUUCCUUUGGUCGGGAGGACUCGCUUUGGCGGAAGACGAUAUCUAUGCUUGCUACGCUGAACUUCGCCACCACACGCGCUGGAGCGCCUCGCCAUUGCCGACCAUCCCACCCACGCCUGACGAUCGCGAGCGGGCUACUUUCGUCCGCCUGGAAUGCACCUUACGCUUCUACCUAGACUCUCUCGAACCUAUGCCUAGCGUAUGUCCCCACGCACACCUGCACUUCUGGCUGCUCACCUCCAGUAAGGCUUCUCCCUCCUAUUCGAUUUCCAGCCCUGUUGCCAUCCGCCUAGUGCUCCUCUUCAUCUUGCGGACGAUCUUCCGGCCUUUCUAUGUGUUCUGCAUCGGCACUUACCUCGCCGCUACCCUGACGCAUGAUGCGUUCCGCUUGAAAGACUUCGCUCGCCUUGGAGGGGUUCUCGUCGUUUUCAUGGCCUUGAGGUACUUCAUAUAUCCGGACGACGGUGUGUCUCUCUCUUGCGCGCCCCUUCUGCGUGCGACGUCUGAUGGACAUGCGGUCAGAAUACACGAUUUCCGGGUUGCGCCAACGGCUGCAGCAUGCGGAUCGCACAGUCAGGGAUUUUUCGGUCUUAAGCAAGGAGCACGUCACAUUCUGAAGAUCCUCCAUGCCGCAGUACAGGACAUCCUUCUCAGAAUUUAUGCUGUAGACGCAGAGUGGGAGGUUCAAGUCAAAGCUCUCCUGGUAACGAUUGACAAGCAGCUGUUUCGUGCACACCGUAAUUAUAGCACCCCAUUGCGGACCUUCCUACGGCAGCUGGCAGAGAGCGACCAGCGCGACUGCCUGCUCCCAGAGCUUGAGAAGUACCUUACGUUCACGAAAGGUCGUGCUCUUAAGAUACAAUCAUUAGAUUCUCAGGCGAGCCAUGCGUCUUCGUCAUCGCCAAUGCGACACUGCUUGACGCCAGGACAGCUCAAUCUGAGAGAACAGAAUCUAGAGGAGCAAGUCGCGGCAACCAACGCGCGGUUGUGCAACGAGCUGGGAUCGGAUGAUCAUCUUCUUCAGCGCGAGGUGCUGCACCAUCUUUUCCCGCCGGAGACUCAGGAGCAUGGGUACAACCUACGCAAGGACUUCAUAGACGCCAUCUCGCUGCUCGCGUUAUACUUUCGGAGCGGCAGAGCAACGUCGGGAAUAUCCAAACCGCUGGCCGAACACGUGCGCGCUCGCUUGGUUUGGGCUGGUGGUAUGGGGCGCGCCCAGCAUGCUAUCGAUUUGCUUACGCUGUCCAUCCUGUUGGAGCCGACCACGGAGCGCCUUCGGCAGCUGAACGACUGCCUCGAAUCUUACUUGCACGAGCACGACCUCGUCGGCCAGUUGCGGGAGUUCCGCAAACAGAACGUGAUCUUCAUUCCGCAGUACGAGAAGGGCUUCGCACCCCACUGGCAUGGACAUCAUCAAUGA